AUGCUAGAACGGGGCUUAGGAAAUUUUUUAUCUUGGGCUAGAGAAAAGGGUGCAUUUUUAGAUCCCAGAAUAGACUUCCAAUAUCAAAAGCAAAAAGGAUUCACAGCCAUCAUCAAUGAUUUCCUGAGUGGUGAAGAGUUGAUUAAGGUGCCCAAAAAUAUUGUUAUUGGACCUCAUUUAAAAGAACAUUAUUUGCCAAAGAUUAAUAUAGAAUUAGACACUUCCUUUAGUAAUAAUGAAAUAACAAUCUUAUUAAUAUCAAAAUUAGCAUUUGAUACCUCGCUUGAAAAAAAUACUUUCAAGGAGUAUUUCAAAAUUUUACCUAAAAAUUUGAAUAAUCCAUAUUUUUGGAAUUCAAGUGAAAUCGAUUUAGUGGUUGGAACGGAUCUUGAGAUAUUUCUAAAGAGAAAUUUCAGUAAACUA